UAUAUAUAUAUAUAAACCCAAGUAAGUAGCUUUGCUUUGAUUUCGGUUAUUGACACUGGACUUUGACCUACUUUCAUUGCAUACUGGUAUGACACAAAGCAAUGCAUGAACUCUAAAUUGUUUGCAGACUUAACUCUGCUGUUUAGUUAUAGUCACUGCUCUCUGUACAAAGUUAAAAAUACUCUGCCUGUCCAGAAGUCAUCAAGUUUAGUAAAUGCCUAAUAAUGGUAGAUCUUGAAUGCCAAAUAAUGGUAGAACAUUUUGAUACUCCUCCAAGGUGCUUCAUCAGUUCAUCAAUUCUACUGUAAGAUACAAGUUGCUGUUGAGAUGCUUUCAUUUAUAGAGUUAGCAUGGGAGGUGUGUGACAGUGGGUGGCUAAGUGAUGCAGAUAACCACGCACACAUCUAUGCUGAAAAAAUUGUUCCAACCAUACAAAACCAAGUCCAACUAAUACCACUAACACUAUAAACUUCACAGCAGCAUGACUAUUUUAGAGUUGAGAAGUGAAAUUUAAGACAUAUACAGAGAAUGCUGUGACACAAUGCAUGAAUAUGCACACUAUAAAGGAGUGUCCUAAAGGCACAGUAAAUAAUCUGACUUUUACAAACAGGUGGAAAUUCCAAAAUUCUGUGUGCAUGGUGCCUGGCGAUGUACUGGAGUCCCACUUACUGAAUAGUAAUGAAUGAUGGAUUUUGACCUACUUUGAUUGCAUUUCCUUUCACCUCCCAAAACAUACCAGUAUAUGUACUCUAAAUUGCCCCUAGGUGUGAAUGAGUGUAUAAAUGUGUGUGCGCAUUGUGCUGUGUGAUGAACUGGUGUACCGUCCAGGGUGUAUUCCUGCGUCAACACCAGUUUCCUGGGAUAGGCUCCAGAUUACUGUGAUCCUGAUCAGAAUAAAGCAGCUACUGAAGAUGAAUAAAUGAAUGAAUCUACUUCUAUUAAUGCUCCUGAGUAAAUUGGUUGUGCUGUGUAAAAAAAAUUAACUGCAUAUUUGUAUAGGGUGUCAUGCCUGGUCUGGUCAUCUUUAAUAUGUGACCUGAUACUGUGGGCUGAGCGUAUGGAGGUGUGUGAGAGUGGUGUAAUGGAGCCAGGGGCCCCAGGGAGCUCCACCAUAGAGCCAGGGCUGAAGAGGCUCUCCUUUGCGUACCAGAGCCUCCUGGAGAUUCCUUAUGAUGCCAUUCUCAAACAGCGGGACACCCUAGAGGUCCUGGACCUCAGUUAUAACCUGCUGGAUGACCCAGCUCUUCUGGGGGAGCUGGACAAGCUGAGCACUCUCAUCCUGGAUGGCAACAACUAUAGCACUCAUGUCAAAUUCCCCUACAUGCCAAGUCUGACCACACUGUGGAUCAACAAGAACAAAAUAAGCAACCUUCCCAUCAUAGUUGAGGAGAUACGCUGCAAGUUCCCCAAUAUCAAGAUACUUAGUAUGAUGAACAAUGAGGCAGCGCCCAGUUACUUUAAUGGAGGCAGUCUGACUCAGUACAUUGAUUACAGGCAGUAUGUUAUCAGUCAGCUCCCCAGUCUGGAGGUGCUGGAUGACACGGAGGUGCAGGAGAAAGAGAGAGCACAGGCCAGGAAGACUUACAGGAUGAGGAAGAGCAGAGAUGGCAGUAAAAGGAGGAAGGAGCUCCAUCACUGA